AUAGCAUCUUACAGGUUGACAUUCUACCGAGCUAGCAUGGUCCUAUGGCUGUCCAAAUUAGCAGAUGUGUAUAGGGUGCAACGCCACCUCGGCUAAUUGUGAAUCUCUUUCUCAGCUUCCUCCGUUUUGCCUCUCUUGCUGCCUAUAUCUCUUUUUCUUCUCUCCACCCCUUUUCCUUUUUUCGUCCUUCCCCAUUUUGUUCAGCGCUCGUGACGAAGGAGACCGGUACUACGGGAAUCUGGCAUUUAGGCAGCCGCACCGACCCAGGCGUACGACGGACAGUCCGGUGAGCAGAGCAAAGCCUGGUCCAUACUCGAACAACCAGAGAUAAGCCGAGGCUCAGACCGCCGGUGACUCAACGCGUACUGUAAUACCAAGAUGGAGUCUGAUUCAGAUCAUCUAAGUCCAUACAGUAAUUACCCAACCGUACUAGUAUGGCCAUGGAAUUCGGAACCGAACAAUCCAAGGACGAUGUCGAUAACAACAUCCAUCGUUGGUGGUUGUCCUCAA